AUGGAGCUGUUUCAUUUCAAGUUCACUGUCUUCCUCCUACUGCUUCUCUUUUUGGAGCUUUUCUUGAUCAACUGCGAUGCUGCUGGCCGAUGCCUUGAAGAAGAGAACUCAGCACUUCUGCAGCUUAAGAAAGGUUUUAUAACUAGAAAUUUAGAGACAUGGCAGCCAGGAACGGACUGCUGCAUCUGGGAGGGUGUGACUUGUGAUGAAUAUGGAAGGAUCAUUGCGCUCAACCUAAAGUUUCGACUCAUCGUCGGUACAAUCGAUCCUAGCCUAUUCAAUCUCACAUCAUUAGAAACUCUCAAUCUUGCCAAAAAUAAGUUUGAUGGAAUUGCUAUUCCGGACCAUGGGUGGGAUAGGCUUGUAAAUCUUUCAAGCCUUGAUCUUUCUUAUUCUGGAUUUGUUGGGAAGAUUCCUGCUAGUAUCUCUCGCUUGACAAAAUUGAAUUUCCUCGGCCUCUCUUGCACUUUAAAGGAUUCUCUAGCUAUUAAUCCGAUGAUUUUGCAAAAUAUGAGCAGUCUAAAGGAGCUUCAUCUUGACAAUGUAAAUGUCUCAUCAUAUCGGGAUGAAUGGUGUGGUGUUCUGGUCAAUUCCACCCCUCCGCCGGUACUAACAGCGGUUUAUCUGACGGUUUGGCCGCCGGUGAAUAUUGGCGGCCCAACCGGCCAUUAUGGAAGCUUAUGCCGCCGGUAA